AUGGCCCACUCUCCCCCCUCUGAACAUUUUUCAUCCCAGGCCACGGUCCUCGGUUUGUUCGCCUUGGAUCCUGUUCUCGUGGAGGCGCGGGAAACACUGCAGCCGGAGCGCGUCAACUUCGUUCAGCCAUCACCCGAACAACCCCGACGCGCGCCGACCCCUCCGGCCCGCCCACCUGCUGUGGAACCCCUUCAAGGGGUCAUCGGCCUCUUAACCGAAGAGGCCGACAGCACGCUGGCGCACACGUUUUUGAAGCAGGAGCGACAAUCCGACAACGUCCGCAUGGGCUUUCACAUGCUGAGGGGACGCCAGCCCCAGCUCAUCAGUACGUUCACGUCGGGCAUAAUCGACAUGGCCACCAGUCUAACUGCUGGUGCCAGUAUUGUCCCUUCGCACCCUGUGGCCGCCGACACCGUAGCCCUCGCCAUCAUCAACUUGGCAAGGUUUGUGGCGAGCACUGCAGAGGAGGGGAAAGCGGAUGGCGACCGCGAUCUGCUCGCCCUGGUGUGCCUGCUCAUGGCCCAAAAGUUAGAGGAUAACGGGUCGGACAGUCCGGACAGUCUCCUCGCUGCGAUGCUGGCUGUGAGCAAGGUGUGGGGUCCCGACCACACGGCAACGAAAAAGCGCGCUGCCAAGCUUAAGGUAAAGCUUAAAGACAAGGCGUGCGCCAGCCUCAAGUGGGCGCUGUACGCCGUGACGCCUACGACGUUUGGUCACCUGUUCCUUGCCCGUGCGUUGUCGGAGGGCGCUCUCACCGGAGGGCACUCUGAAGUCAGGGAGCUCACGACGGUAAUGGAUGCAGUCAACGCUGCUGGUGUCGGGCCGACGAUAGAGGGACUGACGCAGGGCAGCGGUAGAAAUGACUCUGACACCGAGGGUCCCACGCCGCCGUCUACAAGAGAGCCGGGAGAGGCUCAUGAGGGGUUCUUUGCAGACGACCAGCAGCCGGGCCGUCUCCAGGAGCGGAAACACCUCGUCGUCCGACCGACAGAUAUGGAUAAGCCAGAGAGCGGUUCCGGGAAAAGCACAAUGUCCUCGAUCCGCAGCAUCAUCGGGGAACGGACUCCGUGUACGAGUGGUGGGAUGACGGCACCGUCCCCCGAGUUCGCCAGGGCUUCGCGCUCCUCUCCGAUGUUGUUGGAUGGCCACCACACCACGGCAAUGAGCGCCGGCGCCUUGCCCUCUCCUUCCGAGACACUCUCGGGGUCUUGGGCCACGCUCGCGGUAACGACGUCGAGAUUUCGACAGGCACGCCACCCAGCGCGGGCUUCGCCACCUACAUUGAUAACAGGAAGCACCCAACCGGCGGCAGCGCGUAUAUCACCAUCUCAUGGGCAAGCAGAACCUUACCCACCGGGAGCAACGGCCAGAAUGACAUGGGUGGGACUCAAUGAAGCCCCCCUCGAGAUCAUCGGUGGCGAUGAUGGCGGUAGCGAUGACAUUUCGGACGACAAUGAUGCCCUCUGUCUGCCUCAGGUGAAUGUGAUGCCCCGGAACAACAGCAUCAACGAGGUUGCGGAGUGGGGUGUUGGUGUAGAGAUGACGAUGGAAGAAGCGGGAGAGUUGUUGCUGCAACAGAGACCUCACCUGUCCGAGUGA